GAAUCCGUCGCUGCUCUCCAGGGAAAGCCUCGUCGCUCCUUCGUCUUGCUGCUCCUGCUGCCGUUGCUGCCGCCCAGCGCACCUGCCCGGCCUGUGGAAAAGGAGAAGACGUCGCCGCCGCCACAGCCGCGGUGCCCGGGGGGCUGUACGGAGCAGCGGCCCCGGGCUCAUCAGGAGAAGCCGCCUCCGCUCGUCCAUGAGCAUCGCGGCUCGGCAGCUCCGCUCUGGCAGGGGGGAGCCGGCUGCAGGAGCAGCGGUGGCGGCGGUGGCAGCAUGUGGACCCCAACGGAGGAGGAAAAAUACGGCGUGGUUAUAUGCAGCUUCCGAGGGCCUCUGCAACAAGGCUUGGUUCUAGAAUUAGGAGAAACUGUCCAAAUCCUGGAAAAAUGUGAAGGAUGGUACAGAGGAAUUUCAUUAAAGAAACCCAAUGUAAAGGGGAUCUUUCCUGCUAGUUAUAUACACUUGAAAAAGGCAGUUGUCAGUAACAGAGGGCAGUAUGAGACAGUGGUUCCUCUUGAAGAUUCUGUUAUCACUGAAGUUACAGCAACCCUACAGGAAUGGUCUGUCCUCUGGAAGCAGUUAUAUGUGAAACAUAAAAUAGAUCUCUUCUACAAACUGCGCCAUGUAAUGAAUGAACUGAUUGAUCUUCGCAGACAACUACUGUCUGGUCAUCUAACCCAGGACCAGGUACGAGAGGUCAAGAGGCACCUGACUGUACGAUUAGACUGGGGUAAUGAGCAUUUGGGCUUGGAUCUUGUCCCACGGAAGGACUUUGAGGUGGUGGAUUCAGAUCAAAUCAGUGUCUCCGAUCUAUACAAAAUGCAUUUAUCUAGUAGGCAUAGUGUACAACAGAGCACAUCACAGGUAGAUACAAUACGCCCACGUCAUGGAGAAGCAUGCCGUCUGCCAGUUCCUCACCACUUCUUUCUCAGUCUAAAGAGUUUCACUUAUAAUACAAUUGGAGAAGAUGCAGAUGUUUUCUUUUUUCUGUAUGAUGUUCGAGAAGGCAAGCAGAUCAGUGAACGAUUUCUGGUAAGAUUAAACAAGAAUGGGGGCCCCAAGAAUCCAGAGAAGAUUGAUCGAAUGUGUGCACUUUUCACAGAUCUGAGCAGCAAGGAUAUGAAGAAAGAUUUAUACAUAGUUGCCCAUGUAAUCCGUAUAGGACGUAUGUUGCUAAAUGACUCAAGAAAGGGUCCAUCUCAUCUGCAUUACCGGCGCCCAUAUGGCUGUGCAGUAUUGAGUAUUAUGGAUGUAAUUCCAUCGAUUUCUGAACUAAAAGAAGAAAAAGAUUUUGUUCUCAAAGUUUACACGUGCAACAAUGAAAAUGAAUGGUAUCAGAUCCAUGAAAACAUCAUUCGCAAGUCCAGCACCAAAUAUACAGCACCUAGCUCAAACUAUGGACUUAUAAUUUCUCUUCAGCUUCUUCGUGGAGAAAUGGAGCAGAUUCGAAGGGAGUAUCCUAUGAUCUUUAAUAGAGGGAUGGCUGCUACUAGAAAAAUAGGUUUCCCAGAUGUCAUCAUGCCUGGUGAUAUACGCAAUGACUUGUACCUGACUUUAGAGAAAGGUGACUUUGAGAGAGGUGGGAAAAGUGUACAGAAGAACAUUGAAGUGACUAUGUAUGUGCUUUAUGCAGAUGGAGAAAUUCUGAAGGACUGCAUCAGCUUAGGCUCAGGAGAGCCAAGUAGGAGUGUAUAUCAUUCCUUUGUCCUCUAUCAUAGUAACAGCCCUCGUUGGGGAGAAGUCAUCAAACUCCCCAUUCCUAUAGACAGGUUCCGUGGCUCUCACCUCCGAUUUGAGUUCAGGCAUUGUUCCACAAAAGAUAAAGGAGAAAAGAAGCUUUUUGGCUUUGCAUUUACACCAUUAAUGAGAGACGAUGGAACCACACUGUCUGAUGAUAUUCAUGAGCUUUAUGUUUAUAAGUGUGAUGAAAACAGCACAUUCAAUAACCAUGCACUGUAUUUGGGUCUUCCAUGCUGCAAAGAGGACUAUAAUGGUUGUCCUAACAUCCCUUCAAGCCUGAUUUUCCAGCGUAGCACCAAAGAGUCUUUUUCAAUCUCUACCCAACUUUCUUCUACCAAACUCACACAGAACGUGGAUCUGCUUGCUCUCUUGAAAUGGAAGGCUUAUCCAGAUCGUAUAAUGGAUAUCUUAGGAAGACUGAGGCAUGUCAGUGGUGAAGAAAUUGUUAAGUUUUUGCAGGAUAUUCUGGAUACAUUGUUUGUGAUUUUGGAUGACAACACAGAAAAAUAUGGACUACUGGUCUUUCAGUCUCUGGUGUUCAUCAUAAAUCUACUACGUGAUAGCAAAUAUUUUCAUUUUCGACCUGUAAUGGACACUUAUAUUCAAAAGCACUUUGCAGGAGCACUGGCAUACAAAGAACUGAUCCGCUGUUUGAAGUGGUACAUGGAUCGAUCAGCUGAACUUGUACGGCAGGACCAUAUUCAGGAGGCAAUGAGGGCAUUGGAAUAUCUUUUCAAGUUUAUUGUUCAGUCUCGGAUCCUUUACUCCAGAGCUACUUGUGGAAUGGAGGAGGAGCAGUUUAGAGCCAGUAUCCAAGAGCUUUUCCAGUCCAUCAGAUUUGUGCUCAGCCUGGACAGCAGGAGCUCAGAGACCCUCAUCUUUACACAGGCUGCUCUGUUGAACUCCUUCCCUGCAAUUUUUGAUGAGUUAUUGCAGAUGUUCACAGUACAGGAAGUAGCAGAGUUUGUGCGGGGAACUCUUGGGAGCAUGCCCAGUACAGUGCAUAUUGGACAAUCUAUGGAUGUAGUUAAAUUGCAAUCUAUAGCUCGUACUGUAGACAGUCGCUUGUUUUCUUUCUCAGAAUCCCGCCGUAUUUUGUUACCUGUGGUUCUUCAUCAUAUUCAUCUUCACCUGAGACAGCAAAAAGAGUUACUUAUCUGUUCUGGAAUUCUCAGCAGUAUCUUCUCUAUCAUCAAAACUAGCUCUGUGGAGACAGAUGUAAUUGAGGAGGUAGAGAUGAUGGUGGAGAGUCUUCUGGAUGUACUUUUACAGACUCUGCUUACUAUCAUGAGUAAAUCGCAAUCUCAGGAGGCGGUAAGAGGGCAGCGUUGUCCACAGUGCACAGCUGAAAUCACUGGAGAAUAUGUGUCCUGUCUUUUGUCUCUACUUCGUCAGAUGUUGGAUACUCAUUUCCAGCAUUUACUGGACAAUUUCCAAAGCAAGGAUGAGCUAAAGGAAUUUCUGCUCAAAAUUUUCUGUGUGUUUCGGAAUCUGAUGAAGAUGAGUGUUUUUCCUCGAGAUUGGAUGGUGAUGAGGUUGCUUACCAGCAAUAUAAUAGUUACAACAGUUCAGUAUCUGUCUCCUGCACUGCAUAAGAAUUUCACAGAAACCGACUUUGAUUUUAAGGUCUGGAACUCCUAUUUCAGUUUGUCAGUUUUGUUUAUAAAUCAGCCCAGUUUACAGUUGGAAACUGUUACUCCAGCCAAGCGUAAAAAGAUUCUGGACAAAUACGGUGAUAUGCGUGUGAUGAUGGCAUAUGAACUAUUCAGCAUGUGGCAGAAUCUUGGUGAACACAAAAUACAUUUUAUUCCUGGAAUGAUUGGCCCCUUUCUGGGUGUUACGCUGGUCCCUCAGCCAGAGGUCCGCAACAUCAUGAUCCCCAUUUUUCAUGACAUGAUGGACUGGGAGCAGAGAAAAAAUGGCAACUUUAAACAGGUGGAAGCAGAAUUGAUUGAUAAAUUGGACAGCUUAGUCUCAGAAGGAAAAGGAGAUGAGAAUUAUCGGGAACUCUUCAGUCUGCUAACCCAGCUCUUUGGGCCUUACCCCAGCCUGCUAGAAAAGAUUGAACAAGAGACUUGGCGGGAGACUGGUCUUUCUUUUGUUACAUCAGUUACUCGUCUGAUGGAGCGCCUCCUUGAUUACAGGGACUGUAUGAAAGGAGAUGAGACAGAGAACAAGAAAAUUGGUUGUACUGUUAAUCUGAUGAAUUUUUAUAAAUCUGAAAUUAACAAGGAGGAAAUGUACAUCCGCUACAUCCACAAGUUAUGUGAUAUGCACUUGCAGGCUGAAAACUACACAGAGGCUGCUUUUACUUUGCUCUUGUACUGUGAGCUCCUUCAGUGGGAGGAUAGGCCUCUUCGGGAGUUUCUACACUAUCCAUCUCAGACAGAAUGGCAACGUAAAGAAGGUCUUUGUCGGAAGAUUAUCCACUAUUUUAAUAAAGGGAAGAGCUGGGAAUUUGGAAUCCCACUGUGCAGAGAGCUAGCUAUUCAAUAUGAAAUCUUAUAUGAUUAUCAAAGUCUUAGCUGGAUUCGGAAAAUGGAAGCUACCUAUUAUGAUAAUAUAAUGGAACAGCAACGUCUGGAACCUGAGUUUUUCAGAGUUGGUUUUUAUGGAAGGAAAUUCCCCUUUUUUCUUCGGAAUAAAGAGUAUGUUUGUCGAGGCCAUGACUAUGAGAGACUCGAGGCCUUCCAACAAAGAAUGCUUAGUGAGUUCCCACAAGCCAUUGCAAUGCAACAUCCGAACCAUCCAGAUGACAGCAUCUUGCAAUGUGAUGCCCAGUAUUUGCAGAUCUAUGCGGUGACUCCCAUUCCUGAUAAUAUCGAUGUUCUACAAAUGGACCGUGUCCCUGAUCGGAUAAAGAGCUUUUAUCGAGUUAACAACAUCAGGAAAUUCCGCUAUGACAGGCCUUUCCAUAAAGGCCCCAAAGACAAGGAAAAUGAAUUUAAGAGCUUGUGGAUUGAACGCACCACUCUAACUUUGACUCACAGUUUACCUGGAAUCUCUCGGUGGUUUGAAGUGGAAAGAAGAGAAUUGGUUGAAGUAAGUCCUUUGGAAAAUGCCAUUCAAGUAGUAGAGAACAAAAACCAGGAGCUAAGGACACUGAUAAGCCAGUACCAACACAAACAAAUGCAUGGGAACAUCAAUCUACUCAGUAUGUGCCUGAAUGGAGUUAUUGAUGCUGCUGUGAAUGGCGGCAUAGCACGAUAUCAGGAGGCCUUUUUUGAUAGAGAUUAUAUCACUACUCACCCUGGAGAUGGAGAAAAAAUCACACAGCUGAAAGAACUAAUGCAUGAGCAGGUACAUAUCCUAGGAGUAGGUCUGGCAGUACAUGAGAAGUUUGUACAUCCAGAGAUGCGUCCCCUGCAUAAGAAACUGAUUGACCAGUUCCAGAUGAUGCGAUCUAGUUUGUACCAUGAAUUGCCUGCUUUGGAUAAACUGAGUCCAGCUUGCUCAGGUACCAGCACACCACGUAGCAGUAUGCUUGUAUCACAUAGUCCUAUGAGUCCAGAGAGCAUCAAACUAGUGCAUCGCCACAGCCCAUUGAAUAUGCUGGGUACUGUCCGGCACUCGUCAUCUUCUCUUUCUUCCCACACAUCAAGUGAAACAGGAAAUCUGGUUAUCUUAACAGACAGUUCUGUUGGAGAAACUGCAGAGGACAUGUACCACAUGCAGGCCAGUCCUUCCACCUCAAGCCUGAGUUCUACCCAUUCUGCACCAUCCCAGAUGAUUAAUUCUGCACCUCCUAGUGCCCGAGUGCUGAUGAAAGGUGCUGGAUUGACAACACUGGAGGCUGAAGCCCUCUAUUUAUCCACAGAACAGAUACAGCAUGGGCGGCAGCAGUGCAAGCUUCCCCACACUGCCCCCACCAAUGUGCCUCAUCUCUGUCCUGGAGGGACCACCUCUAGAGGCUCUCCCUCUCUACCAGAUAAGUACCGUCAUAAUCGGGAGCUGAUGAUGCUACUACCAACACACCGGGACCGACCUAGCAGUGCCAUGUAUCCUGCAGCUAUCAUGGAAAAUGGACAGCACCCAAAUUUCCAGCGAGCCUUGCUCCAGCAAGUGAUUGGACCGUGCAAACCCUGCAGUGAUCCCAAUCUGUCUGUUGCUGAAAAAGCUGUUCCAGCAGCACCAAGCAGCUGGAGUCUGGACAGCGGAACCAGAGAGGCCUUGCCAUUCCUGUCUGCUCAUGUUGGGAGCAUCCUGGCCCCACCAGUGCCUCCCCGAAGCCUACCCCAUGGUCACUAUUCGCUACAUUUUGAUGCCUUCCAUCACCACCUUAACGAUGCCCCCCCAGCACUGCCUGCACGGACACUGCGCAAGUCACCUCUUCACCCGAUUCCUGCAUCACCCACAAGUCCCCAGUCUGGCCUGGAUGGAAGCAACUCCACUCUCUCAGGCAGUGCUAGCAGUGGAGUGUCCUCAUUAAGCGAAAGUAACUUUGGGCAUUCAUCUGAACCCCCUCCUCGAACUGAUACUAUGGAUUCUGUCCCUAGCCAGGCCUGGAAUACCGAUGAAGACUUAGAGACACCAUACCUCCCUGUCAGGUACAGUCUCUCGGAGCCUGAUGUUCUGGAAACUCUCAAAUCCCAGCCAUGCCGAAGCCACUCUGCUCCAUCUGGAGUCAUUCCUCAGGAUGCUGUGGACCCUCCAGCUCUUCCCCCUAAACCAUAUCACUCCCGUCUCCCAAACAUGGAUAAUGAGGAGGGGAUGAUUUUGGAAGAGGAAGAAAAACACCGGGCACUGCAUCGCAAAAUCUCCCAGCCAACUAGUGGUGCAAAAGAGGAACAGGCCAGGGUAGCAUGGGAGCAUGGCAUCAGUGAGCAGUAGGCAAAACUAUGAGUAAGAAUAGUUUGCAUGAGCAUUCCAGGUCUAAGAAACCAGAAGAGCAAGAGUUUAUAUGAGGCUUCAGAGAAGAGGAAAAACUGCAUUGGUUUAUUCUCUGCUGCUGUGAGAAAGACUGGAGCUAGAGACUGGGCCAGCAUGUGCAGUUGCUGCUUUCCUUUUUAUUUAAUUUUAUACUUUUCAGAUUUUUAGUGGUUUGGGGUUUUGUCUAUUUUUUGCAGUGGGUGCUUCAUUCCUUCUACAGUUUAUCAGACGGCAGGAAGUGAUAUAUAUGUUAGCUGUAGACACUUGCAGAAACUGAGAAGUAUUUGGAUUUUGAGGAGGGAUGUGGCAUGGAGUUUUUACAAGCUUUCUUCCCAGUUUUGAGAUGCGCACAAGUUGAAGCAGUUGCACUAGGAAUGUGUUUAUUUGCUGUAGUAAGUGAAUGCUCAUUUUGAAUUCAGGGAUUCCAUGAAGUGUCAAGCCAGAAGAUCUUCAGUUUAGAGGCACUUUGACUGAAACGUAUUUAAGAAGAAACUGGAUCUUCCAGACUUGAGGUGUAUAAACUACUUUGCAGUGGUCUCUCUGCAUUGCCUCAGGUGUGGUGAAUGGCUACCAUGUCAAUUUUAAGGCAUCAUUUCAAACAUGCUCUUCCUAGUUUGUCACAGACUUUUUGAUUUCCUGCUUUUUUCAUUGUCGCUGCCAUCAGUAUUUACCAGUGCUACAGUAUGAGGGAAAUACCUAGUCAUGAGACUUGUAGUCCAGUCUUAGCCUUUCUGUUGCUAGAGAGGUUGUUACCACU